UCAUAUACUUCAUAAAUAGCAGCCUUUAAUGUGCACUGGUGUGAUGUAGUGCAAGUGACCGAAUUCGCUAUAAAAUACAUGUGAUUGAAAUCAAUUCUCCGAUUGGUCAAAGCGCAUUGCAUGCUCCAUGCGGAAAGCGGAAAUUCGUUUGAAAUCAUUUGAAAUUUAUGCCGCCAUUUUGUACAUCGAGAAAUAAAACAUUUUGCCCGCGACAAGUUUUGCUCGAUAAUGGCUACGGCUGACAUAUCGCAUUUCGAUAAGGAACGUAAAUCUGAGAAGACCGUCUACAAACGGAGGUCGUCGAUUUUCCACACGCGAAUUAUAACGUGCGACCAAACUAAAGAUAAUGAAGGCACAUCUGAUGAGAACAGGUUUUCACCGAAUAAAGUCAACGAAGAAUGUAUUAUUCAGAAUGAUGAGGCAUUUAAUCUGAAGGAAUAUAUAGAGAAACUUAAACAAGAGCGUAAAGACUGGCAGAAGGAAUACAAGAAUCGUAAGAUUCAACGGAAAAAUCUGACUAAGCAGAAAACAAGUGUGGAAGGACAAGGACAGGUUUUUGAUAUAAAUAUAUUAACAGAAUCUGACAGAGUUUUUCUUUUGACACGUCCCGAUUAUGAACAUAUCUGUCAAAAUAGUCGGAAAACUUUGGAUGCAGCACUAAAAAUAUCUACACUUAGUCAGCAUAUACACAAAUUAAAUAAAAAAUUUAUGGAAAAAAUGGAGAAUAAUAUAUCCACAGCCACCAAAAAUGUUAUAAAGUUAUCAGAACAAUGAAACUGAUGUACUUUAAGUAUUGUUUAUUCUUACAAGUCUACAAAUUUCCAGGUAAUAAGGGAGCUUCAUAGUAAAAAUAUAAAUACCAAUUAAAUAUGACAUUACACACGAUUAAUUAUACAAUACUUAUUCAUGAUAGAAUGAUUGCGAUUAUGAUACAUUCAUCAUAUAUUGAUUCAGUAUAAAUAUAAUAAAUACAAAAUAAUUUACCAAU